AUGCGCUGGCUGUACGGGCGGCUGGUCGGCCGAUGGUGCUCGGUGGGCUUCAGCAGGAAGAUCAGCUAUGGAGGGGCGGCGGGGGGUCGGCUGAUCACCACCCCGAUCUUCUAUGUGAACGCCGCCCCGCACCUGGGACACGUCUACUCCGCCGUGCUGGGGGGACUGCCUGCACCGGUACACCGGACUGUGCGGGGGGCACAGCGGCCUGAGCACCGUUUGGUAGGUACUGAUGAACAUGGCAUCAAGGUACAGCAAGCGGCAGCUGCGUUAGGUUUGAACCCAUCUGAGCUCUGUUCGAGCAUUUCUCAGGAAUUCCGUACAAUGUUCGAUACGAUGGGAAUAUCCUACACCGAUUUUAUUCGUACGACGGAGCCGCGUCACUCGCGGGCCGUGCGUCACUUCUGGAAGACGCUGGAGGAACGAGGAUACAUCUACAAGGGGACAUACCAGGGCUGGUACUGUACCUCCGAUGAGGCUUUUUUAAGUGAGGAACAAACAACGGAGAGCACAGACCCCGGCGGCAACAAAAUACGCGUGUCCAUGGAAAGUGGACAUCAGGUACACUGGAUGAGUGAGGAGAAUUACAUGUUCCGCCUCUCUUCUCUGCGCCCCGAACUCUUGAAGUGGCUUCAGACAGGCCCUAUCCACCCUGCCCCGUUUCUCCGAAUAGUGCAGAAGUGGCUGGAAGAGGAACUGCCGGACCUCUCUGUGUCCCGACAGAGCAGUCGCGUAACCUGGGGUAUCCCGGUGCCUUCUGACCCAACUCAUACUACAUACGUGUGGUUGGACGCGCUAAUCAAUUACCUAACCGUGGCCAAUUACCCAGAUCCCAGUUACUCCCCGUGGGGCCCGUCAACACAUCUCCUUGGAAAGGACAUUUUGCGCUUUCACGCGGUCUACUGGCCGGCGUUUUUGCUAGCUGCCGGUCUGCCCCCUCCUGAAAGACUCCUGGUCCAUUCUCAUUGGACGUGUCAAGGGGUCAAGAUGUCGAAGAGCCUCCAGAACGUGAUUGACCCCACCGAAUGUAUUAAGCUUUACGGCAGAGAUGGAUUCCGCUACUUCUUGCUUCGCAACGGUUCCCCCGAACGCAACUGCGACUUCAACCAUGAUUCUGUCCGUAAUCUGUUGAACUCUGCUCUUGCCGAUGCUCUUGGUGGACUUUUGAACCGCUCCACCGCGCCGAGCAUGAACCCUGAACAGUGCUGGCCGUGUUACCAGUGCAAGAGCGUGCCGUCGUCGGCCAAAGAUCAGCUGGAGACCCUACUUGAGGCUCUACAAGGACUUCCACGGGUAGUAGACCGGUACAUGAACACCUUCCAGGUGCACAAAGCAUUGGAGGCGAUUGAUGGCGGAGUGCGCUCUUCUAAUGCUUUCUUCCAAAGUCAAGCUCCAUGGAAGCUGUUCAAGGGAACAGAAGAAGACAAAGCAUGGGGACGUUGUGUUCUCUACCUCACCCUCGAAGCCUUGAGGCUUUACGGCACCCUCUUGCAGCCCGCGGUUCCUGGUCUGGCCCAGACCAUCCUUCACAGGCUUGGUGUUGGCCAUGACCGUAGAACACUUAAAGGGAAUCCGUUUCUUUCCAGCGACUAG